CAGAGCGCCAACACAACCGAUAAAGUUCACGUUCCAAGUUCUGAACACGUAGCUGAAAUCGUCGGUAGGCAAGGCUGCAAGAUAAAGAACUUGAGAUUCCGAACUAACACCUACAUUCGCACCCCGCCACGGGACGAGGAACCAGUUUUCGUCAUAACAGGCAGAGAAGCAGACGUCAGGGAAGUCAGACGAGAAAUCGAAGAGGCGGCACAUCACUUCACUCAGCUGAGAGCCAACCGGAAAUGCAGGGGAGGGGUCCAGAGCAAACAAAUAGGCGGCUGUCUAAAUAACGACGGUAAUUAUGGUAGAAGUAAUAACCCGGGUGCAGAGAUUAGAGAACGGAAGUGA